AUCCCUGCCAAUGGCGUCGCGUCGCCCGCGUGGCCGCGGGUCCACCCGCGUCGCCUCGGCUAGCUUCUCGCAUCUUCUUUAAAAAUGAACUCCAUUUUCACAUUCCUCAGCUCGUGGUCUUUCAUGGGUGAGCCUUCAUCAGCUUCCUACAUUAGAAAGGUGCAACAUUUGAUCGAGCAAUGCCUGGUGUUCCACAUGAACAAGGAGGAAUGCAUCGAGGCCCUUUCCAAACAUGCCAAUAUCGAUCCCGUCAUCACUUCCACUGUUUGGACGGAGUUGGAGAAGGAGAACAAGGAAUUCUUCCAGACGUACAUGAAGGGGCAAGAGGAGAAGGCAUUGGACAUGGCCACUGAGGAGAGGGUGCAGAAGAUGCUGGCUGAGGAGGCUGCCAAAGAUUUGGACAAGGAUAUAUAGUGAAUAAUUAUUAGUUAAGAUCGAUCGGCAAGUUAGUUUAUGUUUUAAGUACUUAUUUAUAUUUAUAUUUAUAUGUUCUGUUAAUAUUAUAAGGUUUUCUGAAUUAAUUAAAAGGUCAAGAACCAUUGCUAUGAUA